AUGGAAGAUCUAAAUAUUGAUUUCCCAACUUUCCAAAAGAGACUCCUCUCCUUACACAAGGAAUACCCAAAUUUUGAAAAUGAACCAAAUUCAUUAUUAUUCGUCCUGGGAUCCUCUAAUGCGGAAAAUCCAUACCAAAAGACUACUAUCUUACAUAAUUGGCUACUAAGUUACGAAUUUCCCGCCACUUUGAUCGUUUUUGUCCCCAAGAAAAUAGUCAUCAUCACUUCUGCGGCCAAGGCUAAGCAUUUAAUGAAAGCAGUGGAUAUGUUUAAAGAUAAUGAUGAUGUGAAAUUGGAAAUAUGGCAAAGAAAUAAUAAGGACCCGGAACAUAACAAGAAAUUAUUCGAUGAUAUCAUCGUUUUGUUAAAUGAAGCUGGAAAAAACGUUGGAAUGCCAGAAAAGGAUUCAUACCAGGGGAAAUUCAUGAAUGAAUGGAACCCAAUUUGGAAUGCCGCAAUGAAGGAACAUAGUUUCAAUACCAUUGAUGUUUCCCUAGGGUUAUCCAAGAUUUGGGAAGUGAAAGAUGCAAAUGAACAAGCUUUAAUCUCAGUGGCCAGUAAGGGAUCUGAUAAAUUCAUGGAUUUAUUAUCUGAUGAAAUGGUUCGUACUGUGGAUGAAGAAUUAAAGAUGACUAACGCUAAAUUAUCAGAUAAGAUUGAAAAUAAAAUUGAUGAUACUAAAUUCUUGAAGAAAAUUUCAUCUGAUUUAUCUAGUUUAUGUCCACCAGGUCAUAAAUUUAAUAUCGAUCUUUUAGAUUGGACUUAUUCUCCCAUCAUUCAAUCAGGUAAGAAAUUCGAUUUAAGAGUUUCUGCUCGCUCCAAUGAUGAUCAAGUCUAUGGGAACGGUUGUAUCCUUGCAUCAUGUGGUAUUCGUUAUAACAAUUACUGUUCCAAUGUGACAAGAACUUUCCUAAUUGAUCCAUCUCCAGAAAUGGUGAAUAAUUACGAUUUUAUGUUAAUUUUGCAGAAGGAAAUAAUAGAUAAUCAUUUAAAGAUUGGUAGUACACCAAAGGAAGUUUAUGAAUCCGUACUUGCCUACGUGGAAAAGGAAAAACCAGAAUUAGCUACACAUUUAACCAAAAAUAUUGGGUCACUUAUCGGUCUUGAAUUUAGAGAUUCCAAUUUCGUAUUAAACGCAAAGAAUGAUUAUCGUAAAUUACAAGCUGGUGAUUGUUUCAAUAUUUCCUUUGGGUUCAAUAAUUUGAAAGAUACCAAGACUGGCAAUAACUAUGCCUUACAAUUGGCUGAUACCAUUCAAUUACCCACUGAAGAAUCUGGAACUCCCAAGAUUUUAACAACUUGUACUAAAUUGAGAGCUCAAGUUUCCUUCUAUUUUAACAACGAGGAUGACCAAGAUACCAAGAAGAAGGCUAAGGCGGCUUCCAAUACUAAAUCCGAUUUAAAUAAUUCCAAGAUUUUAAGAACAAAAUUACGUGGUGAAGCCCGUGGCGAAUCCGACGAAGGUCAAAAGGAAUUAAUUCGUAAGGAAAAUCAAAGGAAAUUACAUGAAAAAUUAGAAAGAGAAGGUCUAUUAAGAUUUAGUGCAGCUGAUGCCAAUGGUACCGAUAAUGAACCACGUCAAUACUUUAAGAAGUAUGAAUCCUAUGUACGUGAAACUCAAAUUCCAACUAAUGUUCGUGAUUUGAGGAUUCAUGUGGAUUGGAAGACUCAAACCAUUAUUUUACCAAUUUAUGGUAGACCUGUCCCAUUCCAUAUCAAUUCUUACAAGAAUGGGUCCAAGAAUGAAGAAGGUGAAUACACUUAUCUACGUUUGAAUUUCCAUUCUCCAGGUACUUCAGGUGGUCCAUCUAAGAAAGUUACCGAAUUACCUUACGACGAUUCUGAAGAAAAUCAAUUUAUUCGUUCCAUCACUUUAAGAUCUAAAGAUGGUGAUAGAAUUAGUGAAGCCUUUAAACAAAUUGUUGACUUAAAGAAGGAUGCUACAAAGAGAGAACAAGAACGUAAGGCUCUUGCAGAUGUGGUCCAUCAAGAUAAACUGAUCGAAAACAAAACAGGUAGAACAAAAAGAUUGGAUCAAAUUUUUGUAAGACCUAGUCCAGACACUAAGCGUGUUCCAAGUACUGUCUUCAUCCAUGAAAAUGGUAUCAGAUACCAAUCACCUUUAAGAACAGAUAGUAGAAUUGAUAUCUUAUUUGCCAAUAUAAAGAAUAUUAUUUUCCAAUCAUGUAAGGGAGAAUUGAUUGUUAUUAUUCAUAUUCAUUUAAAGAACCCUAUCCUAAUGGGGAAGAAAAAGAUUCAAGAUAUUCAAUUUUAUCGUGAAGCUUCCGAUAUGUCUGUUGACGAAACAGGUACUGGGAGACGUGGCCAAAAUAAGUUCAGAAGAUAUGGUGAUGAAGAUGAACUAGAACAAGAACAAGAAGAAAGGAGGAAAAGAGCAGCAUUAGAUAAAGAAUUCAAAUAUUUCGCGGAUGCAAUUGCCGAAGCUUCUAACGGACUAUUGACUGUGGAAAGUACAUUUAGAGAUUUAGGGUUCCAAGGUGUUCCUAAUAGAUCAGCAGUCUACUGUAUGCCAACUACAGAUUGUUUGGUUCAACUAGUGGAACCACCCUUCAUGGUGGUCAACUUAGAAGAAAUUGAAAUAUGUAUUCUAGAAAGAGUUCAAUUUGGAUUGAAGAAUUUCGAUAUUGUCUUUGUUUACAAAGAUUUCAAAAAGCCAGUCACCCAUAUAAAUACAGUACCGAUCGAAUCAUUGGAUUUUUUGAAACAGUGGUUGACAGAUAUGGAUUUACCAUACACCGUUUCGACUAUUAAUUUGAACUGGUCUACAAUUAUGAAGUCAUUACAAGAAGACCCUCACCAAUUCUUCUUGGAUGGUGGUUGGAAUUUCUUAGCCACAGGUUCUGAUGAUGAAGCUUCAGAUGAAAGUGAAGAAGAAAUUAGUGAGUACGAAGCUUCAGAAGAAGACCCAACAGAUGAAAGUGCAUUUUCUGAAGAAGAUGAUUACUCUGAGGAUGAAGAUGAUAUUAGUGAUGCUGGUGAUGAUUUUAGUGGUGAAGGUAGUGAAGAAGAAGGUGAUGAUUGGGAUGAACUUGAAAAAAAGGCAGCCAAGGCUGAUCGUGUUAGUACUCUCAAGGAUUGA